ACUGGUGCGCUGACUGUCAACAUCGAAAUACAUCACAAUUGCUCUUUCCUUUCUGUCGAAAGACUCGAAGCGAAAAAGUUCGUGACGACGUUUUCAAGCAUUUUCGAAUUUGCAAAUUUUCCGUAGAUCCUAAAUUGAAAGUGCAUUACAACCAAUAAAAGUAAAAGAGAAGUAAGCUUAACAACAGCAGCAAAAUGCCUAAAAAUAAGGGAAAAGGAGGUAAAAAUCGUCGUCGUGGAAAGAACGAAAAUGAAUUCGAAAAACGUGAAUUGAUUUUCAAGGAGGAUCAGCAAGAAUAUGCACAAGUCACCAAAAUGCUGGGCAAUGGUCGACUUGAGGCAACAUGUUUUGAUGGAGUGAAACGUUUGUGUCACAUUCGGGGGAAACUCAGAAAGAAGGUAUGGAUUAAUCAGGGCGACAUCAUUUUGGUCGGUCUACGUGAUUAUCAGGAUUCAAAAGCUGAUGUCAUCUUAAAAUAUACACCGGAUGAGGCGAGAAAUUUGAAAACAUACGGUGAAUUCCCCGAAUCGGUACGCAUCAACGACACAGUUACGUUCGUCGAAGAUGGUUUUGAUGAAGACAUCGAAUUCGGUGAUGAGAUCAGUUCUGAGGAUGAUGCUGAUUCUGUAGACAAUAUAUGAUUAACAAGAAAUAAGCGCGAGUCUUCAAAUCAAAAAGAAGAAGAAUUAAGUAAAAUGGAAGUUUGAAAAGUUUUCAUUUCACAUUAAAAAAAAAAA